AAAUCAGUGCAGUUCUUCAUGUGAACCUGUAGGUGGCAGCACUGCACUGCGGUGCCAGUGUUGUGUGCAGUGAGGAGCAGCAGAAGCAGUAGCCGCUAAGAUGUCUGCACCGAAAACAAUCCCAAAAGAUGCACAGGUGAUGAUCCAGAUCCUGAAGGACAUGGGCGUGACAGAGUACGAGCCUCGAGUCAUCAACCAGAUGCUGGAGUUCACCUACAGAUAUGUGACGACGAUCAUCGAAGACGCUAAGAUCUACGCAUCUCACGCCAAGAAGUCAGCGGUGGACGCUGACGACAUCAAGCUGGCCAUCCAGUGCCGGAUGGACCAGUCCUUCACCUCGCCGCCACCGCGAGACUUCCUGCUGGAGGCGGCACGGCAGAAGAACCAGACGCCGCUGCCGCUCAUCAAGCCCUACACCGGCCCGCGUCUGCCGCCCGACCGCUACUGCCUCACCGCGCCCAACUACCGCCUCAAGUCCAUCCAGAAGAAGGUGUCGUCAUCCGCUGGCCGGAUAUCGGUGCCCCGCCUCAGCGUCGGCGCCGUCUCCAGCAGACCCACAACGCCUACACUGGGAACCCCUUCGGUCCAGUCGGUCUCCUCUAAGGUUGGAACCCCAGUGUCUCUGACGGGUCAGAGGUUCACGGUCCAAAUCCCUCCACCCUCCCAGACGGCCACCACCAAAACCACAACAGCGGCGUCGCCGGCCGUGUCCAACGUCCUGAUCAACCCGUCUCUGAUCGGCUCCAAGAACAUCCUGAUCACCACCAACAUGGUGGCUCAGAACGCCGGCGGAGACGCUCUGAAGAGGAAACUCGAAGACGACGACGACUACGACGCUCUAUGACCGCAGCUGGUCUCAGACGUAGACUCUGGUUCCUAGAAGCUGAACCAGGACAACUUCUGCUCGCAUUUUCAAUAAAUUAAAUAAAACCUGAAACCAAACGUGAACAAAUCACUUUGAUAACCAGAAGUUACUGAGUUCAGAUCAGAGAUAAUUUACUGAUCACAGAUGGACAUUAGGCGAUGCUGAAACUCAUGAAGUUAUAAUGUAUCAGCAUGAACCCAUCAGUAACGGUCCGAUCAAUAGAACUGUUCCCAUGUUAACAAAUGAGUGAAGGAGAGUCGAGUGUUUAACUAGAGCAGAGAAGAAAUAAUCAUCUCUGGUUGGGUUUCAUUGUCCAAAUGGUAGGCAAAUAAUAUCAAAAGAUAUUGGAUAUAACAGCAAUAAUAUUGUAUAUCGGCCCAGAUUUACAUUUCUGUGUAUUAGAAAUGGAAAUUGAACUGAUAUCCGAUAUAUUUUACUUGUAUAAGAAAGUCUCUUGUUACUGUUUCCUGUUAGAUGCUGUGAGAUAUUCCACUCAGAGUGGAGUUUGGGUCAGAGGGACAGAACUACCUGGCUGAACCUCUGACUAACAAUAAAUGGUUUCAGUUCAA